CUCACACUGAGCUGUGUCUCCCUUCCUGCCUCUCUGGGGGCCUGAGCAACUCUGAACAAAGACAGGGUGUGUUUAAUUUACUCUGGGACCACACCUUGCCACAAGAGCAGAUUCUGUCCCUCAAAACUCAAGGCCCAGUGACUGGGCUAAGAUUUCAGAGUCUUGCCUGCCACCCUCUCGGGGAGGAGACAGGCUCCUUUCCAGUCUUAUGUCACUGAGAAAAGUUGUUAAAGGCCAUGCCAUGCCACUGAGGAGCCUGAGGCACAGACACUGAGCCCAGGAGGUUUUGACCAGGUUGUGCAGAAGGAAUGAAGCCAGGAGGACAUCAAAGUCCAGCCUGCUGGGAAUGACAGUAACCGAUGAGCAAGGAGCUAGCAGCAAUGGAGCCUGGAGAUUCAAGGGAUGGAGUCAGCACUGAGACAGCACCAUACUUAGCACUGGGCUCUGGAGUCAGCCUGCAUGCCUAUGACAUCGUGGUGGUGGUCUUCUACUUUGUCUUCGUCCUUGCUGUGGGAAUCUGGUCAUCUAUUCGUGCAAGCCGAGGCACCGUUGGUGGUUAUUUCCUGGCCGGGAGAUCCAUGACCUGGUGGCCAAUCGGAGCAUCUCUGAUGUCCAGCAAUGUGGGCAGUGGCUUGUUCAUCGGCCUGGCUGGGACAGGGGCUGCUGGAGGCCUUGCUGUCGGUGGCUUUGAGUGGAAUGCAACCUGGCUGCUCGUGGCCCUGGGCUGGAUCUUCGUCCCUGUGUACAUAGCAGCUGGUGUGGUCACCAUGCCAGAAUACCUGAAGAAACGAUUCGGAGGACAGAGGAUCCAGGUGUACAUGUCAGUCCUGUCUCUCGUCCUCUACAUCUUCACCAAGAUAUCAACAGAUAUCUUCUCUGGAGCCAUCUUUAUUCAGAUGGCCUUAGGCUGGAACCUCUAUCUCUCCACGGUGAUCUUGCUGGUGGUGACAGCCGUCUACACUAUUGCAGGAGGGCUCACCGCUGUGAUCUACACAGAUGCUCUACAGACUGUGAUCAUGGUAGGGGGAGCACUGGUCCUCAUGUUUCUGGGCUUUCAGGAGGUGGGCUGGUACCCAGGCCUGCAGAAGUUAUAUAUGCAGGCCAUCCCCAAUGCCACAGUUCCCAACACCACCUGUCACCUCCCACGGCCAGACGCUUUCCAUGUGCUUCGAGACCCUGUGAAUGGGGACAUUCCCUGGCCAGGUCUCAUUUUUGGGCUCACAGUCCUGGCCACCUGGUGUUGGUGCACAGACCAGGUGAUUGUGCAGAGGUCUCUCUCUGCCAAGAGUCUUUCCCAUGCCAAGGGGGGCUCAGUGCUGGGGGGCUACCUAAAGAUCCUCCCAAUGUUCUUCAUUGUCAUGCCUGGCAUGAUCAGCCGGGCCCUGUACCCAGAUGAAGUUGCCUGCGUAGACCCUGACAUCUGUCAAAGAGUGUGUGGGGCCAGAGUGGGAUGUUCCAACAUCGCCUACCCAAAGCUGGUCAUGGCUCUCAUGCCCGUGGGUCUGCGGGGCCUGAUGAUUGCCGUGAUCAUGGCUGCCCUGAUGAGCUCACUCACCUCCAUCUUCAACAGCAGCAGCACCCUGUUUGCCAUAGAUGUGUGGCAGCGCUUCCGCAGGCAGGCGACGGAGCAAGAGCUGAUGGUGGUAGGCAGGUUGUUCAUAGUCUUACUGGUAGUCAUCAGCAUCCUCUGGAUCCCCAUCAUCCAAAGCUCCAAUAGUGGGCAGCUCUUUGACUACAUCCAGUCUAUCACCAGCUACCUAGCCCCACCCAUCACGGCCCUCUUUCUGCUGGCCAUCUUCAGCAAGAGGGUCACUGAACCUGGUGCCUUCUGGGGCCUCAUGUUUGGCCUAGCAGUGGGAAUAGUGCGCAUGAUCCUGGAGUUCUCAUACCCUGCCCCAGCCUGUGGGGAAGUGGACAGGAGGCCGGCUGUUCUGAAGGACUUCCACUACCUGUACUUUGCCCUCCUCCUCUGUGGACUUACGGCCAUCAUCACCAUCAUAAUCAGUUUCUGCACAGAGCCCAUCCCUGAUGAAAAGCUUGCUCGCCUGACCUGGUGGACUAGGAAUUGUCCCUUAUCUGAGCUGGAGAACGAGGCCUCUGAGAGUGUGAAUGAGACUGAAGGGGGAAACACUCCAGGGCUGGCAGAGAGGCCGGCUGUGGAGGGCCCUGCAAGAGAUGGGGAAGGAACAAACACCAUCCAGGGGCCUGAGCAACCAGGAGCCCUACAUAGGUCCUGGGGAAAAUGGCUGUGGAGCUGGUUCUGUGGACUCUCAGGGGCCCCACAGCAAGUCCUGAGCUCGGCUGAGAAGGCUGCACUGGAACAGAAGCUGACCAACAUCGAGGAGGAGCCACUCUGGAGACGUGUCUGCAACAUCAAUGCCAUCAUCCUGCUAGCCAUCAACAUUUUUCUCUGGGGCUAUUUUUCAUAACUCCACAGACCAGUUGAAGUGAUUAAAAACAUCUGAACCGUGGCCAGGACCAGAGGCCAGAGGCAGGCUCUUUUCCCACCUUGCUGUGCUAACUGGAAAUCACAGAGGCAAAGAGUGAAAGCCCAUGAAGAACAUCCAGUCCAAUGCUUGGCACAUGGAGAAAUGAAGGACUAGAGAUAGAUCACUAGGACUGCCCAGGGUCACAGAGCAGGACUCAUACUGGGUCUCCAACUCCAGCUUUCUUUCUGCUACCCUGCCCUGUAACCCUACCUCAAAAACACCAUUUCCUUGAUUUAUUCAAGAAUCUUCGUUGUUAUACAUAUCUUCAGGUUAAACACAUAGUAAAGAAAAUGAGUAGAGAAUUCUAUAAAAAUUAUCCAAGUACACUGUGUUUCCCCCAUUUCUCUUAUCCUCUUUCCCUUUCUGUUUCCUCUCUCCUUCUUCCUUGCCUGCCUUGACUUGCAGUAAUGUGUAGCAUAAGUCCAGUGAGGAGGGCUUUAUUAUGCCAUUGGUUCCCCAGUUGUGGCUGCCAAUCCCAUAAGAGUGAAGGGCAGAGGUAAGAGAAAGGUGUCCAGGGCACAGGGCUCCUAGACCAGGAUUCUCCUUGGCACAGUUCUAAUUCUUCUUCUACCAUCACACCUACUCCUGAAGUAUCCACAGCUUAGGGGCUUAAGGUCCAGCUGGAGAGGCAAAAUAUGUUGAAAGCAACAAGAAUCCAACAGCCCUAGGGAGCAGAAAGGACACCCUGGGGAUGGCACUCUAAGGUCUGUAUCCCUUUACCUUUACCUGCCAAAACUCCUUCCCUGAAAUAUACCAGAGACUGUGACCCAGGAAGCUUUCCAAAUGCUUCAACCUGGGUCAAGGUCCUGCCCAACCUCCACAGUGCAUAAGCUGUGUCCCUGUGACCCUUAUCACACUGCCUUGUAGUGCUUUCUCUUUCUAGAUAGUGAAUGCCUAGGAGCAGGGGUCAACGGUUAUGUCCAACCUGACUUUGUAUUAAUAAGUAAAAGAAGCCAAUAAAUGUUUGUUGGGUUCCUAUGCUCUUCCAAGCACUAUGGACUUUACUCUGUUGAUGGUGGUACAGAGAUUUGGGGAGUUGGUUUCCUGGGAAGAGACUCCUUGAGGUAUCAGAAACAGAUAAGUCUCAAGCAUCUAGGCUGAAUGGUACCGAUGCAGCUGGGAAUGGCCCUUCUCCCUCUCCUCUGGUCCUCUGUAAUGCUGCCUUUAAUCACCAAGUCAAUUAUGUCUUACUCCAACUGCAGACAAAUAAAACCCCAUCUCAUUGACCUGCAGACACAGAUACAUCCCUGAACCUCUUCUCUUUCUGCUGCCUCCAAAUUUUUGUUUCCAGGGGAUUUCUGGCUUCACUGUACCUUUGUCUCAAAGGAUAGCAUGCUCUGUCUUUCCUCAUGGACUCUGGCUGAGAAUUAU